CAAUACUUCUCAAAAAUAAAUUUAAAUUAAAUGUAAAGUUUAAACACUAUUUUCACUGAAACAUUAAUUAACGGUAAACGUGUAAAAGAUGAGUGUUACAGGACAAGUAGGAUGUGCGGCAAUUCCCAAACCUUCAGUGCACACAGCGGUGUUAAAUCCACAAGGAUCAGCAGCACUGCUUCGCAAGGUCCUCUCGUGUUCCCUGGCUUCCAUCUUAUACACUCGUACUAACAUAAAUAGAGGCGACUUUAUCCAUUCAAGCGUUAAUGGGCAACCGCUUCAAGGAUUUAAUCGCAAAACCGAAACGCCUGCAAUAACGCAAAUUGUCACCUGGCUUAAAGGAUCGUACGAUGCACUCGAUAAACACUACUUGCGGGAAAUGUAUUUGUUUCUUAAUAAUAAGCAAACUGGAGACAUUAUGGAGAAUUAUAAAUUUGUGAUACACUAUUUCGACUCAAAUGAACUACAUCACAGAAAUAAGAGCGAUUUCGGACAGAGUCUCACAGAACUAUUCAAGACAAUACAAAAUUUGUUUAUUGAAGACAAUAUUUUGGAAGGGAAUGAUCUUAAUUUUUAUAUGUGUGUUAGUUAUUAUGAUAAUGUUACACCCAGCAAUUACUGCCCGGUAAAUUUUAUCGAGCCAGAGGAGGAUGUGAACCAUAUUAUUGAGAGUAUUAGAUUUCCCUCCCCAUACGAGACAGUUAUCAGAACUGUCUCAACAGGGUUUCAUAGGGUGGAGUUUGCAACCAAUCAGUAUACUGCCAUAAAUGAAAGUGCCACCAUGUUGCAAGGGUUGGAUGUGGAGACUGAACAAGCACUUUUGGAAAAAUUGAACUGCACAUGCUGCAUACCGAAGCUACUCUCCUCCAUUCCUUUCCUGACUUGCUCAAAGUGUCAGUCCAUCGCACAUGCUCCAUGCAUUGGUCGUGUUUAUCACGUAGAGAAUUCUUAUACAUGUGCGAGCUGUAAGGAGCAAAAUGAUAUAUCCAGAUCAACACCUGGAGAUUUGUGGCGCAUCCAAAAUCUUUGCACUUAUCGCUUGAUUUUAUUUUAUGCGUAUUCUAAGAACAAAUUUCCGAAUGAUCUACUCAACGAAAUUGAUCCAAACAUAAAGGAUUAUAUUGUGAAAAAGCUUAUUGCAGUGGCUGCAAUACGAGAGACUACCAAAGGGUACUUGAUCAAUCAAGCUUGUUUGGAGCAGAUUAUUAGACGAUGGGCCAAUUCGGAUGAAGAGUGACCACUUUUCUAAGAUAAGUAAAAAAGGUUUCAUUUCUAUUUGUAAAGAUAUUUGUUACGUUUUCUAAUUAAUUACACGCAAACAAAGGUUUUAGUUUCGUCAUGGUGAUAGUUUCAUUUUCAAUUUGAAACAACAAUUUGAUGAAAAAAGACAGUAGAUAUAGGCAUAGGCUUUUUUUGUUUACUUAUUAUUUAUUAAUAACAUUUGAUUCCAUUAUUGAACAUUUCCAACUCUGGGGGACUAAGAAUCUUCUAGGUGUCUAAGUAAUCAAAGGAUCCUCAAGCAUGGAAUGUACUUUGAGAAAUCUUAUAUUCUGAUGUUAUAGGUUGAACAGAGGAACUUGACCUCUACUCCAAUAUAUGACAAUUAGUGCCGUAACUAGGCAUUUUUCGAAGCGGUGCCGGAUCAGGUUUUGGCGCCUUAUCACUUACCAUUGAGCUCUAAUUAAUAAAACACCGUACAUUUUUGAGAGAAACUUUACACGAGAUUUUAAAGGCACUGCGCUACUUAAAUUUUAGAAAAAUGCUUUGAAUAAUGAAGUCUUUCACUCAACAGUCAACGAAGAAUAAAUACAUUUAUUUAUAUUGUUUCCAAUUCUCGCGUCAAAUUUAGCUAUGACAUAGGGUACAAGUCGUAGAAAUGAUUGCGUCUUAGAAUAAGGGUGCAAAUGCUGGUCACACUAAUACAGACUAUUGUAUAGAUCACAAAUAAAGUAUUAUUAUAAUUCGUUUAAAUGUGCAGCCUUUUCCUACCGCUGUAACUUUGUUCUACAAGGGCCAUUCAGAAAGUAGCAGACGGUUUGAAAUAAAAAGUUAAGAAAGUGUAAGAAACAACUUUUAUUAUAUACAUUUGGAAGCUACACUCUUAGGCUAUUUUUCAACAUUGUCGCCAUUCCUAUUGAGGCGCUUA